UUUCGUGUCCAGGUCGGUUGGAGCACAACAAAGGAUUAUCACACCUUUGUGUGGGUGGAGCCGAGCGUGGAUGUGGUCGGUCAGGACGCAACCGGGCAGGUUGUUUUUAAGGAGUACUACCUGCCUAAAGAUGAGAUCGAGUUUUACCAGUUCUGCUACGUUGACAGUACGGGUCAAGUGCGAGGAGCCAGCACGCCGUUCUGUUUCAAAAACCCGGUGGAGCAAAGCAUGGAGAGCAGCCCGGACGAUGACCUCCUCGUUAUUACAACACAGGAGCAGGUCGAACAGAGCGUACGCGAGAAAGCCGAACUGCAGAAAGAGUUGAAUCAGAUGAAAGAGGAAAACGAAACCUUAAAAAACGACCUGCAGAAGAAUCAGCAAGAAGCCGCCAGCUUGAAGGGGCAGAAUGAGCAGAAGGAGAAAGAAAUGAGUCAACUGGUCAAAGAAAUGGAUCAAAUCAAGGAGCAAAAUGAAAACUUGAAGAGCACUUUACAGCAGCAGCAGAAAGAGACGGACAACUUAAAGGAGGAGCUGUUGACCCAAAAGACAAAGCAGAUGGAUUUACAGCAGCAUGAGCAGAAACAACGGAGUCAAAGCUUGAGAUUAGAGGGAGAAUCAGCACAAAAUGAAAAAUACGACAGAGCUGUGAUGAAGAUCAACCUGCUCAAAGAGGAGCGUGAGGAGCUGAAGGGGAAGGUUGAUGCUCAGAGUUCGGAGAUUGCCAAGCUAAAUUCCAAACUCAGAGAACAAGAAAGGGAACUGCUCAAAACAAAAGACAGCAUACAGCUUCUUCAGGUUGACCUUCAGAGCAGUGAGAAGGAGAAGGAGAGGCUCUCUGCCGAGCUGCAGAAGCUGCAAAGCAUCGCACACAACGUAGACGACGUGAAGCGCGAGAACCAGGAGUUGUGUAGGCGGCUGUCGCAGCAGGAGACGGUGCAGAACUGUCCAGAUGACGAUCUAAAGGUGAGGUGUCAGACUCUUGUCAGCCAGCUACAUGAAGCUCAGGCGAAGCUGGCGGCCGAGAGAGAGGACGCCAAAACCACCAAGAACCAGACUGAAUACCUGGAAAGACAUCUGCAGCAGGCCAGAGACCAGCUGGAGAGGGUGAUCUCUGCGUGUGAAGAGGCAGAGCGGAAAAGUGGCAAACUAGAGCUGCUGCUCAGAGAGGCGCAUGAAGCGAUCGCAGAUAAAGACGGCGUCAUCGAGGAGAAGGACCGCAUGAUGCUGCUGAUGACACACGAGAGAGAAGAGCUCACCAGAGAAGUCGAGAGUCUCACGAAAGAUAUCGAGGGGCUGCGCAGAAUUUGCGACGAACUCCAAGCGGCUUCCCCCGUCGAUUCGCCGCACAUUCAGCCUGAGAGCACGUCACCAGCUGCCACCCAAAACCAGCAACAGCAGGACGCACCUGAACAGGCCGAGAGCCUGUAUGAGAGC